AUUUUCGCUCGUUCAGGAUUUGCUAUCGACUCGCGUUUUUUCAGGUUUGUGACUCUCAAGAAAAUGGCUGAAGGAAUAGAUCCUUCUUGGGAAAAGCUAUUGAAGCCCUUCAAGUUGCGAGUGGCGAAGCAGCUCUGUCCUCGUCGACAUCACUUGGUCACCCUUCUUUCCAGCAAAGGUCUUCUUACUGAAGACGAAGAGGAGCAGUUCAACAAGUCUACUAAAUCAGAAACUGACUUGGCGCUCGAUGUUCUUGCUGUAUUAUGCAAACAAAUCUCUGGAUCGUUUGACCGCUUUUGCGACGUACUCCUAGACACGAAAGACAAAGCUUUAUGUGAUGUGGAGAAGCUUCUUCGUCCACAUUGUUUAGAAAGAACUAAAGGUGUAUCUUCUGAUCAGGCCGGAUCAUCUGGCGUCAAUUCGACGGCAGUAGUGACAGAUACCACAGACGGCAAUAGUAAAGUAACGCCUCUUAGUCCCUUUCUAGCUUCUCAAGGCUGGAAGUACGAUGUGUUUUUAUGUCAUGCAGGCCAAGACAAAGAAGGCUUUGCCCGUCCAUUAAACAAUAAGCUCGAGGAGUAUGGAAUUGUUUCGUUUUUGGAUGCUGUUGCUUUGAAAGUGGGACGCGAGGCACAGAAAGAGAUUGCUGCAGCCAUAAUACGGUCUCCUCUAUUUGUCGUUAUCCUCAGUCAUGAGUUCAAGGGAAAACCCUAUCCAGAAGCAGAAGUUAACGCAGCAUUUGAAUUCGGCUCACGUUACAAGAAAAUCAUACCAGUAUUUUACAAGAUUACAGCCGACGAUUGCAACAGCUCUACCGUCACAAUCCUAGACAAGUUGGCUCAAAUUGUUGGCAUUGAGAAGAAAACGGAUGAAAAUGAUGAUAUUUUCGUGACUCGCGUUGCGAGCACAAUACGAGAAUGUGUUACAGCCCAGCUUGAUAAGGGUGAGAUAGAAGAACUACCGGAAAUUUCAUCUGUUCGUGACGUCGUACAGGAAAUCUUAAAAAAAGUUUUCGGAAGUACGUAGGAUAAAGAAGAUCUUCGACGAACUUUACGGAAGGACGUAGGACAACAAACAGAUUUUGUUUGGUAUAUGGGCAAACUGCAUGUCUUUUCUUUUUUUUAAACUAGCACAAACAAUAUGAUACUAGGUUACAUGGAUGAAUUUGAUGUGCUGCUUGUUAUAGCAACGUUUAUUCGAUUCAGAACAUUUAUA